CCCCCCCGCAGAUAACCGCGGCUCCCGCCUCCCCCAGGCUCCAGCGAGACGGCUCUGCCCCCCUCCCGCCCCGCGCGGCCCCAGCCCCAGCCCCGGCUCGGCAGCCACUCUCCGGCAGCCGAUCUCCUCGGUGCGGUCAGCAUGGCUCGGCAUCCCGGCGGCUUUCUGCAGGAGGCCUCUCACCAGAUCGCCGCCGGCGGCUCGGCGGGUCUUGUAGAAAUUUGCCUGAUGCAUCCCCUUGAUGUAGUGAAAACAAGGUUCCAAAUUCAAAGAGGGAAAACUGAUCCUACCAGUUACAAGAGCCUGGGGGACUGUUUUAGGACUAUUUUCCAGAGAGAAGGACUGCCUGGCUUCUACAAAGGAAUACUCCCUCCCAUCUUGGCUGAGACACCCAAAAGGGCAGUGAAGUUUUUCACAUUUGAACAAUACAAGAAGCUACUAGGAUUUGCAUCUUUUCCACCAGGGCUGGCAUUUGCAGUUGCUGGCUUGGGCUCUGGAUUAACAGAAGCAGUUGUGGUCAACCCUUUUGAAGUAGUAAAGGUUACCUUGCAGGCAAAUCGAAACAGUUUCACAGAGCAACCAUCUAGCUUUGUUCAAGCUCAGCAGAUCAUCAAAUCUGAUGGUUUGGGCCUCCAUGGACUCAACAAAGGUCUUACUGCAACACUGGGCCGUCAUGGAGUUUUUAACAUGGUUUACUUUGGAUUCUACUUCAAUGUGAAAAACAUUCUUCCGGUCAAUAAAGAUCCAAAUUUGGAGUUUUUGAGGAAAUUUGGAAUUGGAUUGGUCUCAGGAACAAUAGCUUCAAUUAUUAACAUUCCUUUUGAUGUUGCAAAAAGUAGGAUUCAAGGACCACAGCCAGUUCCUGGAGAGAUCAAGUACAGAACCUGUCUUAAAACUAUGGCAACAGUCUAUAAAGAGGAAGGAUUUCUGGCUCUGUACAAAGGCUUGAUUCCCAAGAUCAUGAGGCUCGGUCCAGGUGGUGCAGUGAUGCUUUUGGUUUAUGAAUACGUUUAUGCAUGGCUUCAUGACACAGUGGAUCUCAAGUAGUGCUUCUGAAAAGUGUAGUCCUUAAAACUAUAUGCUUUCUAAAGUACAUUUUAAUAAAAUGAAAGUGAUUCUCAGCUGUUACAGUUUUGAAUGCACUCAGAUUACUGAUGGUACAAGAAAACAUUCAAGUAGAUACCUGCCUGAAAAUGUGUGAAGUAGAUAACCAAAUCAAUAUUUGUAAUUUCUUUUUCUGUGUCAAGAGAAAACAUAAAGGAGACACGAGGUAGUUUUUCAAGGACAAACAAAAUUCUGGACACUGAAUUAUGCUGUGUAGACAGUACUUUUAAAAGUGCAGCUGAAAUGGUAAAAUAGUGACUUUCAGAGCAUUUUAAAGAGAAAACUGGAAUCAUUCCUUAGGAACUAGUUACUGAGAUAGAGUAAGAUGACAGUUCCAGAUAAAGAAUAUGAGCCAAACUCUAGAAACUCAUGCAUCAAAAUUGAGUCAUUUCCAUUCCAGUUUUACCGUGUUUGGUAUCAUUUCAGCAGUGGCAGAAUUGUUUCUUAUGUUGUGGAGAAUUAGGACAGAAAAAAUACAGCACGGUUAGCUUAGAAAUAGCAGCCUUAGAAAUAAACAUAGUAUUAGAUGUCCUGCUUGUUCAUAGCCACAUAUAUUGUAUAAAGCUCACUCAGGUCACAGAAGAUACUAAAUGCAAUUACUCUAAACCAAGUUAGAUUCAGAUACAAAGCAAUUAUGGAAAUCAUAAAAGAAUUACAUAAAUAACAAGGAAGUACUUUCAGAUGUACAAGAUCUUUCUUACUGCAAUUUUUGCAUCUGCUUUCAUAUCCUAAAAAAGCUCAGGGUAUCAUGACUACCUUUUUGCCUUCUGUCACCACCACAGGGUAGAAGAAGAAUAUUCUGGACUGUCAUCGUGUAUGCAGUGUUAACUAUAUAUACACCUCUGCCAUCCUCUAGAUACAAAUUAUUGCUGCACAGCUAAGAUUUUUACUGUUCCAUGUCACUGUCAUAAUAGCAAUAUUUUGGUGACAUACUCUGGUCUUAUUUAGGCAUUCUUACUAACUCUACAAAAUGUGUUUCUGCUAGGCUGACUGAAGACAGUUCCAUUUGAUAAAGUUGUACCACUUGACAGCUUAUUUUCAAGAACUCUUUAAAUAAUUUAUUCUGUCAUUAAAAUUUUCCCUUUAUCCAAAGAUUUGUUGUCAAAUGAAUGCAUAUCUUGCAAUUGCUGAUCAUUUCUGGAUUACCCCAUCCUGUCUUUGCAGUUUACAAUUGCUCUUCUUCUUAUAGAGGUACAAACCUUUCUCCCAGUAAUUGCUGUUUUUAAAUGGCAGUUCACACAUAAAGUCUUUCACAAGCAUUUUUAAUGCAUUAAAAAGCAACAAAUGGCUAAAAAUAGAUGUGCAUUCUAAGCACUUUCAAGGAUGCUUGUGCUAAAAUGUUCAGUUAACCUCUCUCCUCUUAAUUUGGCAAUAGCAAUUUCUCAUUCCUAUGUUACUUUGUAGCUAAAAAUCAAUAAAAUUAGCUCUGCUGCAGUUUAUAAUUUUAAGGCAAAAUGUUUCAUAUCGGUACUUAGCCAAAGAGAAGACACUGCUAUGAUCAUUUCAAAAGUAAAAAGCAAAAUGCUUCAUAAUUAGUCUUUUAUUAAUUUAGGGCAUUCAAAAUAUUUUAAAAAAUAGACUUUAAACAUACUGUAUAUACAUAUAGGCUUAGGUUUUACAUCCUUUCCAAUAUGAUUUUUUUCAUUUAAUAGCUCAUCCUGAUCUUUGAUAAAAAAUAGAGAACCAUUUGGAAAAAAAAAAAAAAAAAAAAAAAAACAGCAUUCUUUUAGAAAUGAAACCAACGAAUCUACCUUCUUUUUUAAUGCCUUUUCCAGGCCAAUCCUUCCUGGUGCAAUAUGGUGUCAGAUUCAGUUUUACCUCAGGACCAUGCAAAUACAGUGAGGCCGUCACUGGGACUAUUAGGCUUCACUGACUUCUUUAAAAACAUUUAAACAUUUGAUGCUCUAGGAAUGGAGCCUAGUCUUUUCAUACCAAAAACUUAAAUUCUGCACUCACACGGUCUGCAUAUUUCCCAAAUUAGCUCCUUCACCUAAGUGGGUUCACACCAGAUUUAUACCCCUGUAUCUGAUAGCAGUAGUUGAAUCCUAUUCAUAAUUUGAAAAACAAUUCCUUUUUGUUUGUUUGUUUGUUUGUUUCAUCCAUUUAUCAUAAAGUGGCUUAAAGUUCUAUGGGUAAUAAGCUAAUGUGAUGUGGUUUUCAUUUUACCAGUGAGUACAAACAGUAAGAAAAAUACUUAGACAAAGAAGUAUUCUGCAUCAUAUGUUUAUAUUAAAAAAAAAAAUUAAAUAAAAGUUGUGAAAUUUGACCAAAAAAAUACCUACACAAAAGGCGAAGGUCAGACCUCUUUGCUCAUGCUGAGCAAUGCUUCCCACGCAGCGCUGCUGAUUUUCCACGUGGAGUCAGGUAUUAUUUACACCAAGCAAAUGUGUGAAGUGCUACACUAAACAAACAUAAGGGAAAGAUGGUUCAUGAUGCUGUGUGUGUUCCCAAGCAAGGAUUAAUUGAUGUCAUAUCUUGUCUUGGCUUUAAAAAUUAGCCCAAUUAAGAUGAAGACAAGAUAACUGAAGCAAUUCACACAAGCUAAGGUUCUGCUUCUGUCUUCUAAAACAUACCACUAUCUCAUGGGACUUCUAUUCCAGAAAUUUCCUUGUUGCACUCUGUUACAGAAUUGUGAAUCCUUGGAACUCUAAAAGCUGUGAUUUGGAAGGCUGUUCUUCCUUUACCUUUUUAUGUCUUCUUCCUUUGAUGUGUGUUGUGUUGUAUGGGUAACAAUGAGUACGCUUGCUCAGUAAUUGGGUAAACCAGGAAAAAAAUGAUUGAAAUCUGAAAUGUCGUUGUCAACUAAAUCAUUUAUUGGUUUGUGAUCUUUUUCCUUUACUUUAAUUCUCCUUUUAUUUUUAGUUAAGAGCUCAUCUGGAAAUAAACCCAUUUCCUUUUUUGUGCUU